AUGGACACAGUCAAAGCUGCGAUUGAGCGGUGCAAGCCGAGUCCGGAGGUUCGCGAGAAGCUAUGGGCUAUCAAGCGAAAGACACCAGUCCUCAAGGAUCUCCAUUAUAACUUCAUCUGCCUGCACUAUGCCUGGAUCAUCGGUGUGACACUGGUGGGAUCUAUCAUCUUAUACCCGGGCGGGAACAUGGCCUACAUCGAUGCACUCUUCUUUGCCUCUGGCUCGGCAACCCAGAGCGGGCUUAACACCAUUGACGUGAACCUGCUGUUUACGUACCAGCAGGUGUGGCUGUGGAUGGGAUCCAUGAUUGCCAAUCCGAUUGUCAUCCACUCUGCGGUGGUGUUUGUGCGACUGUACUGGUUUGAGCAGCGGUUCCAGCACGUUGUUCGAGAAGCAAAGGCGCUGAGACGGUCACGGUCGCGAUCGCGGGCUCCGACAAGGGAUGGCAAUGACAGCAACGACGCUCACCGGGCAGAGGCCGGCGUUCGUGGCCGUGAUAUUGUAGUGAUUCGCAACAACGACGGCCUUGCACAGGGACGAUUCAUGGAUACGCCUAAGAAGGAGCCCGAGACCACUUCGGACAGCGGCUCGUCUACCCAGCCUGCAGAAGGGCAGGGCGAGUCAACGGCCAACGGACAAACUACGACCCACGAUGAAUCCCCUAACAAGUCUAACCAGACGCUGCUUGCGCCGUCGCAUUUCCCAGGGGACGCAAGAAUACAGUGGUCGGUACCGUCCGAUAACGAGCGGCACAUCACCUUCCUGGAGCACCAGCGGAGACAGACUGGUGCGUUGCGUAUACCCAGCCCGCGCGAGUACGACCGAGGCGGCAUGCCUGAAGCACUAGACGAGACAGAUGGGUCUGAACUUGCGCGUAAUGCAACCGUUCAAUCAGACCCGUCGGCCGAGCAGACGGGAACUGGAACAUCGCUACCUACUUCCCCUGGCCCGGUGAACCAACACAUCACCAUCGACGAGCCCAACAUUACCCGUACCCGCAAGGCCACGCACUCCAGGGGUGGCGAUCGAGAUCGAGACCGAGACCGAGACGGCGAUGAAACCUCUACUAUCCGACGAGUAACAUCCCGCAAGUCCAUGGUUCCUAGCUUCCUUCGCUCGCGUACACAGGAACAACUACAGCAGGACGCACCCUACCUGAGCUGGGAGCCUACCAUCGGGCGCAACUCAGCGUUCGUGGACCUUUCCGAGACGCAGCGCGAAGAGCUAGGCGGUAUCGAGUACCGCGCUCUCAAGACGCUAGCGAUCGUACUGAUAGGCUACUUCUUCUUCUUCCAUCUGCUAGGAAUCAUCUGUCUGGUUCCCUGGAUCCUGAACACGCACUGGGGCAGUAUCGUUACUUCGUACGGACAAGGUCGGCCAUGGUGGGCGGUUUUCUCUGCCGGCUCGGCGUUUAACGACCAGGGCUUCACUAUUACUCCGGACUCUAUGCUGUCUUUCUACGAUGCGGUGUUUCCGAUGCUGCUGAUGACUUUUCUGAUCUUGAUUGGCAACACGGGCUUUCCGUGUAUGUUGCGGUUUGUUAUUUGGUUUUUCAGCAUUAUUGUGCCUGAGGGCAGCGGGGUGUGGGAGGAGCUCAAGUUCCUGCUUGACCAUCCCCGACGAUGCUUUACGUUACUGUUCCCUAGUUCAGCGAACUGGUGGUUGUUUUGGGUGUUGGUGCUGCUCAACGGCGUCGACUUGAUCUUCUUCAUCAUCCUCGACUUGAACGACCCCGACGUGACUCGCAUCCCCGGCGGAAUCCGCUUCGUGGACGGCCUGUUCCAAGCAGCAGCGACCCGAACCGCCGGUCUGUCCGUCAUCAGUCUGACAACACUCCAUCCAGCGAUCCAGGUGUCGUACAUGGUAAUGAUGUACAUCUCCGUCUACCCGAUCGCCAUCUCCGUCCGCCGCACCAACGUGUACGAAGAGCGCAGUCUGGGCAUCUACUCCGACCCCGACGAGUACAGCGAGAACGAAAAAGAGCCCAGCUUCGUCGGCGCGCACUUGCAGAAACAGCUCAGCUUCGACAUCUGGUACAUCUUCCUGGGCCUGUUCGUGAUCAGCAUCAUCGAAGGCACACGCCUAGACAACCCCAAGGACCUAGGCUUCUCACUGUUCGCUGUGCUGUUCGAGGUGGUGUCUGCGUACGGCACCGUGGGACUAUCGCUGGGCUAUCCUACCAGCAACACGAGUUUCUCAGGCCAGUUCCACACGCUGUCUAAGCUUGUGAUUAUAGCAAUGGAGAUCCGAGGACGACACCGUGGACUGCCGUAUGCGCUUGACCGGGCGGUGCUGCUGCCUUCUGAAGCACUGCAUCGGAAGGAGGCAGACGACGCUGCGAAGAGGCUGUUGAGGCGGAGGGGGUCGAAUGUGAGUGCCAUGUCUUCUGCGACGGGACAGGCAUCGGGUAUGUAUAGGGAUGACGUAGGAGUAAUGGCGAGACUCCAUCAGACACAGACACAGCAGCAGCAUCAAGGACUAGGACAGUCAUCUGGCGGAGGAAAGGGAGUAUCUUCUGAAGUGCCGCCCCCUACGGCCUCUUCAGUCCAAGCGAAGCGUCUGUCUACCCACCAGGCCGCUUAA